CUCCUCUGAGUUACUAGUCUAAAUCCGCAAGUCAUUAUUCCUAUAUUUCUUUACUACCCACGACCUUCAACCACCACCAUGUCCAAGCCGGUCUUCACGGAGGAGGCUGCGUCGCCUGAGUACGCAGCCCAACUCGACGCACAAGAUCAUCUUGCUGCUUUCAGAGACAAAUUUAUCAUUCCCUCAAAAGCAAACAUCGCUUCUAAGAAGCUUGCUAAGCCCGGACUCUCCUCCGAGCCUUGCAUCUACUUCUGCGGUAACUCUCUGGGGAUUCAACCGAAAGCGACCGUCAACUUUGUCGAAGCACAGCUAGACACCUGGGCGUCGAUUGGGGUUGGUGGCCAUUUCACUGACCUCGAGGAUUCCCCUCUGAAGCAAUGGCAGUUGCUAUCAGAGCAAGCUGCAGCUUCCAUGAGCAAGAUUGUUGGGGCCCAACCAGACGAAGUGGCAGCCAUGGGAACCUUGACGACGAAUCUUCACCUUCUCCUAGCCAGCUUCUACAAACCCACUGCCACCAAGCAUAAAAUUAUCCUGGACUGGAAGGCAUUCCCCAGUGAUCACUAUGCUAUCGAAUCUCAGAUUGCCUGGCAUGAUCUGGACCCGAAACAGUCCAUGGUAUUGAUCGGACCGGAGGAAGGUGAAUACGAGAUCUCCACCGAGAGAAUUCUGUCCCUCAUCGAUGAAAACGCCGAUGAAGCGGCUCUUCUUCUCCUCCCUGGUAUCCAGUAUUAUACCGGACAGUUCUUUGACAUCAAGAAGAUCACUCAUUACGCACACUCACGGAAUCUCACCGUCGGAUGGGAUCUAGCUCAUGCUUACGGCAACCUGGAGUUGAAGCUGCAUGAGUGGAAUGUGGAUUUCGCGGCGUGGUGCACAUACAAAUAUGGGAAUGCGGGUCCCGGCGCGAUGGGCGGACUUUUCGUGCACGAGAAGCAUGGCCAAGUUGACUACUCUGAAGGAGAAGACGCUCCCAGAUUUCGCCACCGUUUGACUGGCUGGUACGGCGGUGACCGGUCAGUGAGAUUCAAGAUGGACAACAAAUUCAAGCCCAUCCCUGGCGCUGGGGGCUUCCAGAUCUCAAACCCCUCGGCCAUUGAUCUCGCAGCUCUGUGUGCCGCGCUGUCCGUCUUCGAUGGCACAUCAAUGGCAGAACUUCGCCAGAAGUCUGUUCGGCUGACUGCAUACCUUGAAUAUCUCUUGCUCAAGGACUAUGAUGAAGAGUCGAGACCGUUUCGCAUUAUCACCCCGAAGAAUCAUGAGGCCAGAGGAGCGCAGCUGAGCCUGUUGCUGAAGCCCGGCUUGCUGCAAAACGUAUCUCAAAGGCUGCAGGAAGCCGGUAUUAUCUGCGAUAAACGGGAGCCGGACGUAGUGCGUGUGGCACCCGUCCCGCUGUACAACACUUUCAGUGAGGUAUGGACAUUUGUCCAGAUUUUUAGAAAGGCACUGGAGGUUUGAUCCAAGCUAGUAGUGUGAAAGAAC